CGACAGGACGAGGGGGUUGCUGGCCAGCGCAUUUCAAUCAAUGUAGUCAUUUGUUCAGUAUUGUGUAUGUUGAUCUUGAGCCGUAACUCUCACUAGCCUCUCACUCUUGUUUUGUUAUUAACAAGCAGUGCAAAAAGUUGACAAAUCAUGCUGGUCGCGGCCUAGUUGAUCGACCCCACCGCAAGAGUCUUAGCCACGAAACAAAUUUGAGAAGAUGAGGGCGGCAAGAAGAGAUGAACACAGUUCAUGCACAAGAAGGCCCAUCUCCAUUGUUCUGGUCGCGCGGCUUCUCGUCACGGCCGUCGGGGUGCAAUGCGGCUUGUUUUACUACUUUGCUUGUCGACAGGCGGCGGGGAAUAGUGCGCAAAUUCGGCUGGACAACCUGGGGAUUUCGGUUGUUUCGCUUUUUUUUCUCCCUCUCGCCGCGAUCGUGGUUUGCUGCAGUUUGCGGAAGGUGGAGGCUUUCGACGUCGAGGGGAAUAAACGGAUUGAAAACAGACCAUCUUCUUGUUCGCCGCCAGCAGCACAUCACUUGAACAACAUCAACAUGAUCAACCUGCCUCUGGCACCAGGG